GGCUCCAUAACUAUAUCCUCGGCGGUGAGACCCCACAGUUCAGAGUGGCGACUGCGGGGCUCUGUGCCUGGACCUUUAGCGGAGAACUUAGAUGAGUAGCGAUAGUGAGGCUCUAUGGCCUGACGGUGAGAUCGGGCAUUGUUGCCACACCUUUCUCCUCGAUCAUAACACUAGCACACCGAGAUAGUCCAGUGAGAACAAAGGACGGAAAGAUAGAAAGGGGUAUGCCGCACCAAGACAUUGUGAGGUGGCCAGUGGCAAAUUUAUCAUCAGUCACACAUGUCGGGCCGUUGGGUUGAGGAAUCGGACCUGCAGCAGGCACUCACACCGGUGGCAAAAAAAUCUGUUUGGCAGCUGGAUGACAGAUGCUGCACAUUGAAACAUGAUCUCACUGGGUUGGCUGCCAUAUUUUCCAGUCAUGGUCGGGAUGGUAAGGCUCUGCUUCAAAGUUCCGUCAUCCCGCGAGGCUCAUGUAUAUUCGGUGUGAGAAUUCGCGCAGCACUCAUCGCAUUUCUAUAUCCUUGGAAGAAAAAAAUAAAACAAAAGGCUUGGGAACUGGUCGAGAUGUCUUAACGCCACGCGUUGCGUCACAUAGCGUCGUCAUGACCAAAAGUCCUCGUCCCAUACAUAUCCCAUCUCGCAUAUCCCGAUGCAGAAUGGCCAUGCCAUGCAAGGCCCGUCUCAUGCUGGAGUGGAACAGUUAGUUAUCUGUCGCAAGAACCAUCACAAAUCGCCCUCGGCCUGACUCACCACCACACCCCAACAACGCCCAUAGCCACCACCAAAAGCGUCCAGCAGCCCUGGUGAACUCUCACACAAGAGGCAAUUUAAUGCAGCCGUGUUGCCUAGGACCAUUGGUCUGCACCUGUUAGCUGGGACACCACAUGUUGGCUGGCUGUUGUCGCACCCCUCUCCAUCAUCUGUCCCUCGAAUCAGCGUCCACGCCGCACCAACCCCUUCCACUCACCGACACAGCUCCUCGUCAGCUGGCUGGAUGCGUGUACGAGUCUUCUAUGUGCAACCUCGUCUAUCAUAGUGGUUGCGUCUGCGGAUAAAUUGAAGAAUGGGGUAUGUGGCGGAAGAUCUAUGGGGCUGCGAUGAAGGCUUCUGGUUAGUUCGAUUGGUUAGUUUCCUUCUCGUUCCGGUCCGCGAUAUAGUAUCUGGGGGGCAUCAGGUGUAUUGGUUGUGGCUCACCCUCACCCGUCAACUGGGCUAUUUGUCCCCGCGGCGGGCCGACCACAUCCUCCCUUUGGUAUAUCUGCAACACCAUGAUGGUCACUCUAUUGGAGGAUGCGAAGGAAUCGUGGCUGAAGGCUUGGUGGCUGAAGGAGAUCCGAAUAGUCAAUGUGAUUUUAUUGGAAUGGGAGAUGCGCUGAUUGGUUUGACCUGGCUACUUCCAGGCUUACACCUUGGUCCAAACGUCUCUUUUGUGUAAUUGUCAUGUAAAUCAACGAACCAAAGGCUGGCCUCGCCUCCUCGUCGUCGAACUCUUUGUCAUGUCUUGUCCUGCUUGAGAUGAGCCCAAGUUUCGCCGAUCCACGAGAACAUUGAACGUUAGGGAUAUAGUUCUUUGGGUUAAGGGGCAUCACAUCGUGCUGACAGAUCUCUAAUUCCUGAUUCCUUGAGGGCAACGGCUCUAAGCCACGACACGAUUGCAGUAGUUGGCCGAUAUCAUCCUACGGUCGAUGCUCUCUACUGAACCGACUGACUGCUCUGGUCCAGCUGGUCAGGGACGCUAACUCACUUACCAUAGUACUGUUCAUGACGGCCAGUAAGCAGCAUAGCCUAUAUCCUCGACCGGUCUAGGGCCAUUGACGCGACGGUAUGCAGUAACAAAUGCUAUGCAUAAAAGCACUAGGAGCAGCUCGAUUGAAUUGAUGGCAACGAGUAAAAGAUGUUCAACUCGAUUGGCUGUAGUCUCCUGAAACUCUUCGUCCUGGGUGGUGACUGGGCAGUGCCUUGGGCUUCGCCUCGCCAUCGGCGCAGUGCAAGCCUCGCUUUUCGCUUUGGAAACCACGAAACAAAGAGAAUUAUAUUCACAAGUAUCUUCGCAUGUGUAACAGUACUUCACUCAUGAGGCUCUCGGUGAGAGCCCACUCCCCAUCCCGCAUAUUUUGGAGGCCGGAGUUUCACCCUGGAGCGGUUGCCUGAUUUACCGGAUAACUAACAACCACAACCAUCCAUGCUGCCUGCGCCAAAUGCCACCCUCUGAUUCCUUCGCGCCCGCUCAGCCUUAUUGGCCCUUGCGAGUCGUGAUGGCUAUGUUUAAUCCAUGUGGAUGCUUCACCUACACUUCUCGGGCGUGCCUUGUGCAGACGUGCAGCAAGUACGACAGGUCGGUCAUCUUGGAAAACACAUUUGAGGUUUGCGUUUCACGAGGGGGAAAAACACUUUAAUAUUACAACAGAGGUCCUCCCUCUUUCCAGUUUCCCAAAAUCCCACAUAGACUCUCCUCACGAAUUAUUUAAUCGUGACGCUUACUUGUGGUCGCCGUAUCCAGGCAAAUACCCCGUGCUAUCUUGAGAACCUCUCACUUCGAUAGGCUGCCGGCGGAAGCCUGCCUCUCGUGCCAGACCACCAACAUCUCAUCACCACACCUAUUUAUUUCCCACAACCCCCCCUUGGAAAGCCUCACUUCAGCUGAUCUGAACCGGAAAUUCGUUAUCAGAAAUAACCGUCCAUCGAGCGAGCCUCGCGUGUAUACACAUCCAAGUGAUAUAAGACCCCAAGGCUCCGUCCUUAUUCAGCGAAGCCUUCUCACCUCCGCAAAUCUGGAUAGUGCUGGCCUUUAUUCCUCCCCCGCACGCGAACUUGUAUAGCCUCUGGUUCCCAUCAUCCACCCGCACACCGCAACAAUGGCGAACCGUGCAGGCAUGCCGCCGCCACCUCCUAAUCAUGGUUUCCAACAAGCACCACCCGGAAUGGUCCAUGGCGGCCCUCCCAUGAAUCGCCCUCAGCAAGCUCAGCAGCUACGACAACCUGUGUACCAACAGAAUUUCCAGCAGGGGGCCCCCGUUCCCGCUUACCGUGCAGACACUGUUAUCAAUUCAUCCACCCGGAUCCAUGACAUACGGCCCGAGAAGACGGAAUCCGAGUCGUUCUGCAAAAAGCAGCUCACCUCGUAUGAAGUAUUCACUCUUCUCCCAAGCAAUGACGAUGACGGCAAAGACUCCAAGGGCUCCAAAGGAAAAAAGGACUCCAAGGACAAGAAGAAAGACAACUGGUCAGGCUGGGGCGGCAAGGACGGCAAGGACGGCAAAGAUAAGGACGACUCAAAGUCCAAAAAGAGAGAGCGCUGGGCGAAGGUCACAAUCAACCAGGAAUGCUACCCAACGGAACAGAUCAUCAAGACGAUUCAGAAGCUCGAUGCCGGCAAACUGUCCACCGCCGAGAAGAAGAGCAAGCUAUUCCCAAACCAGAGCACUCAGGUCACCAACAUCCUCGACGACAAUAUCAAGAACGAGCGCGAAUUCAAUUCCUUCGAGUGGGUCCUCGCCCAACUUCACCGCGAGGAGUCUACCAACUCAAAGACGGGCAAGAAGGAGACUACCUCCAUGACGGUCUACCUCAAGCGCGCGCCACUCCCACACAUCGACGUUAUUCAGAUGUACCGCGGGCGUCAAGAGCGAGUGCGCUUGCAAGCAUUCCAGAGGCAGCAGCAGGAGCAGGCACAGGUAUUCCAACAACAACAACAACAACAGGCGGCGAUGCAGCAGCAAGAACAGCAGCAACCGCAGCAAAUGGGUGGUGGACAGUACAUGCCCCAGAACAACAAGGGCGUCUUCCAACAACAACAACAACAACAACAUCAACAACAUCAACAGAAAGGAGCACCCUGGGCCCAACCUAUCAAAAACAAGAACGCCCCUGGCGGCGUUAAGAUUAUCCAAGAACAUCGCCCCGGCACACCCCACAAGUCGCCAAAGGGAAAAGCCGCUGGUACCAAAGUCCGCAUGAACGACUCGGAUGACUACUCAAGUGGCAGCAACAGCGAAACGGAGUCGGACUACGAUUCUGAAUUCAGCCAUUGUGACAGCGAGGGCACCCCACACACCAGCGCCUCCUCCCGCUCCGGCGGCCGCAAGUACCCUCGCUCCCACCGCCCGCUCCAGCGCUCCCGCGAGCGUCGCCGUAGCCACUACGACCGCGGCGAUGACUUCGUCAUGAUCGGCCAUCCCAACCGCCGCCGCAGCCUCUCAUACACCCCUGACGUCCCACGACCAGACCGUCCCCUCGGUGGCGCACGCGUGGGCACCUACGGGCAUCCCAGUCCGGGAAUCGCUAGCCCCGGCUUCGAUACGAACGCUUUCGCCAUGGGUGUCGCGGCUGCUAUCGCCCAGCCAGCUAUCAUCCAGCAGCCAGCCGCACAGUACGCAGCCCCGCCGCCGCAGCGCAUGAUCUCGAAUGUCGAGCGUGCAGCUAACGACGACGCGCGCUUACGCGAGGCUGAGGAUAUUAUGCGCCGGGAUGUGCUGAGAGAGGUGUUGGCGCGAGAUAACGCGGCGAGGAUUUCGCGCCCCUAUGGGCGGGACUUCCCCAUCGAGGGAGGUCGUGGGUAUGCGCUGCCACAGAGACGAUACCUUGACGGAGAUAGGGGAGAGAGGCUAUAUAGGGAUCCGCCUAUUUCGCCGUCGGUGUCGUUCAUGUCGUCAGCACCGCUGUCGUUGCCUCGUGAGCCUGGCCGCAGUGGCCACUAUUCACCAGAGCCGAGGAGACGCGGCACGGAGUACGAUUAUCCUCUCCACAGCGGGAUGCGUAUUCCCCUAGAGGAGGACAGGGGGUUCGACUAUCCCCGGAAUCCAUUCCGGCCGCUGAGGGGGCCGAGGCCGUAUUAGGUCUCGUCGGACGAUAAUCAAAUUGGAAAGUGUCUGCUGAUCUUCUUGGUCGAUGUGUAUGAGCGUGUUUUUCCUGUGCAAAAUUUGCCAGUGUGUAUCUGGGGGAUGAUUAGUAUUGCGGACGCUUGCUAUCUGAUCCGUGUAUUUAUUUUCUUUGGGCUGUGGGAGCGGACGCUGGGUCUCCUUUUGUCUCAAGUAUGGGCGUUUUAAUGAUUGUAUGUAACGUUAGCAGACCAUGGUCUCGCGCAAGCAAGGCGGAUGGUUCGAGGAGCAGGAUGCACUCCGUUGAUGAAACAGUAUAUCAUAGUACAGUAAAUGAAGUAUCAGCAUUCAUACUAUAAUCUGCCCAUCUUACCUUGAUAUAAUGAGGGAAACGAAGGAGAAGACGAUUCAGUCGAGAUGUGAUAAAACCCAUAAUCAACAGAAGAAACAGAGAAGAUUCAUAUAAGGUUAAUAUCCCUCCGCUGAAGCCUGGAUGAUAACCCCCCCCCCAUCGCCUCAUCCUCCUCUGCGUUGAGG